AUCUAAUGUUCCACCUUGUUAACAUUAAACUAUCAACAAAAACUGAAAGAAAAAUAUUGUAUGUAUAAUGCAUGUUAAGAGGUAUGUGAUGUGUAAAAAUAUUUUAUUGUUUAAUUAUUACAUUAUCGUACUUUGAGAACAUUAUACAUUGUUUAAAUAAUUAUAAAAUCAUCAGAUUUAUAAGAUGAACAAAUGUAGCUAUAUAAAAGAAGAAUAUUUUGCUGUGUAGUCUUCUGAGUACGAAAGAAAUUAAUAUGGUAAUUUGCAGAGUCAAUCUAAUGUUAACAAAUAUAGUUAAUAUAAAAAAAUUGAAGGUAGUCAUAUGUAUUAUGUUUAAAACAUUUUGGAAUAUUUAAUAUGAUUGCAUGUAAUAAAGGCAUUGAAAAAAAUAUGUCAGCUGAUAAAUGUGUUAUAAUAAUAGCAGGAAUACCAGAUGAUGUAUAUUUUUGUCAUAUAUGUUAUAUAGUUGAAAAUUUGGCAACGAUUUUAACAAAUUUUAAGUAUAAGAAAAUUUUUAAAAAUGCACUUGAAUGGAAGCCAUGGCUUCAAAAAAUCUGUCAUUGUUGGAAUUGGUCACAUACAAAAUCACCAUUAAUCUGGAAAAAAGUUGGUUUAUCUGAAAAUAAUGUUACUUAUAUUGGUGGUGUUAAUCAAUUUUGGGAGUUUUUACACUUGCAUUAUAAUAUUAGCGAUUAUAUUACAAAAGAUGAACUUGAAAAAUUACAAUUGGACUACUCACUUGUAAAAAAGAUAUUCAUUUAUAAUAACGAAGCUAUUAUAUUUGUACAUUAUCGUUACAUUACGGUACUAGGCGCCGGUAAAGCAUUGUGUGUAGACUUAAUACCCCAAUUAAUAACAAUUAAAGAAUUAUGGUUAACGCAUGGUAUCAUCAUUAAUUUAUACGAUAAACCUGGUUGUUAUUUUAAAAUUAGACACAUUGCUCAAGAUAUGGAAGCCAUAGGAGGUGGCUUAUAUACAACAAGAAUCAUAAAAAAUGUUUCAGAUGGAUUAUAUGAUUGUGAUAUAUUAAUUAAUUUAGAUGUUGUAUCAAAGGAAGAAAGUGAAACUAUAUAUUCUUGGUUACACAGUAAUUAUAAUAGUAUGGCUAAAUUAGCAAAGCAGAUAAAUAGAUAUGCAUCUCCUGAAAUGAAAGUACUUUUUUGUUCAACGAGUGUGAGUUGUUUCUGUGUAAAUGUGCUUCAUGUUUUAGUAACUAAAUUACCGAAGACUAAUAUCGUAGCUGUUAGUUCUCAUUAUGGGCUAGACAUUAUGUAUAAUUUUUUGACAAAGUUUAAUUUACCUGCAUACAAUUUUGGUUGCCCUCCUGUAUGGGGAUUUUUGGGAAUUAAUUAUUUUGUGGAUGUAUGUCACAUGGUCCAAAAAUGUGAAGUAUAUAAACCUAAUAAUAGAGCUAUGUUUGCAGAAAAAGGUACUACUCUACCAUUGGGAUUUAAAUACCCAGAAUUACGAUAUUUUUGUUAUUUAGCACAUGAUAAAAAUCCUUAUGAAGGGCAUUUUGAACGUAAGGCAAUAACUCAAUAUCAGGUCGGGCGCACUGAGAAUUUUCAAGUAUGCAAAGCAAUUUGCGAGGUGUUAAAAUUAUGGUAUGCCAAUACAGAUAAUAUUGGAGAUGAAAUUAUUUCUUUAGGAAUAUCAUCUGAUGGCAGCUUUGGAAUUCCCAAAGGAUUAGUAUUUUCACAACCUGUACAUUUGCAAAUUUUAAAAGAUGGAUCGCGUAUAUGGUUGCCAUUUACUGAUUUUCCAUUACCUUUGUGGAAUAAAGAUUUAAAGAAAAUAAAUAUUUAAGCUUUUAAAUAUUAGAAAGCAAUAUGUCCUGCAGUAGGAUAGAAAUGGAUCAAAGCAUCGCACAAAGGUUAUUAUUUGAAGGCGCUACAUUGGUUGU